AUGGUCCACAACAUCCACAUCGCCGUCCUCGACGUCGACAUCCCAGCCCGCCGACUCUACGAGGCGCGAGGACUCUGCAGUGCACACUUCCGCACAAUUCUUCGCGAAACCGCCACGCGCCUCAACGAGACCUUCUUCGCCGAUAAAGACCAACUCGAAAUUAAGAUUACACCAUACGAUAUUCGCGGCGGCCACUAUCCCGACCUUUAUAAGCUGCGCGGCGAUGCGACCCAAAACCAAAUCCCCGUGGCAUCCCCCAUCGACGCGGUCCUCAUCACGGGCGGCUCGCCCGGCGUAUAUGAGAUGGACCACUCACCCUGGAUGCAAGAAUUAGAAAAAUUCGUGAAAACCGUCUACAACCAAUAUCCCGAAGUGCGAAUUCUCGGCACCUGCUUCGGCCACCAAAUGAUUUCGCACGCACUUGUGCGCAACCCCGAAGAUACCGUCCGCGACGUCUGGGUCGAGAAGUGCCCUCUGGGCCGCGAGGUUGGAAUUUAUACCGUUCAAUUAGAGAAGGCUUUCCUUCAAUCAUUCCCUGCGGCGCUCGGUCAGCUGCCUGAAGGCAAGUUGCGCAUUCAGAUGUUCCACGGUGAUCGCGUGAUGGCUGUUGAGAAGGGCACCCCUGUUUCUCUGGUUGAGUCGCCGCCUGUCUCGCUGCCUGCGCCGUGGGUUAAUAUUGGAAGUACGCCCAUCUGCCCUAUCCAGGGUCUUUACCACCCUGGCAGGGUUCUGUCUGUACAGGGCCAUUAUGAAAUGGAUGUUUUUGGUAUGACCAAGAUGUGUUUGGAGUCUGCGCCUGUGAUGGGCUGGAAGGAAUCGAAGCUUGCUUUGUUCCUGGAGCAAGUUGGGGAUGACCUCAAUGAGGGUGGUCAGGAUGAUUCUAAGGCCUUUGCUUCUGCUGUUGUGUGCUUCUUGGCUGGUGUUGAGCAAUGA